AGUUGUUUGUAUUUCUGAUGUUUUCAAUCACGCGUCUCGUAUUGCCGAUUCUGGCGCUGGUGGGGACUCUCCUAGCCGAAGCUCACGAGUUCAGGCAAGGCAGCAAGUUGAGGAUAUUGACCGACGAGACCUUUGAGCACGACACGCAGGCGUCGACUGGCAGCACCACUGGUCCGUGGUUCGUCAUGUUCUACGCUCCAUGGUGUGGGCAUUGCCAGCGUCUCUUACCGACAUGGGAAGAUCUCGCUGAUGAAAUGUAUGGGCAGGUGAAUGUGGCUGCUGUUGACAUCACGGCGAAUACCGAGGUUGGGUCCAGGUUCACCAUUAAGAGGCUGCCUACAUUGUAUAUGAUAAAUGAUGGGAAGGUGUAUCGGUACGGUGGACAGAGAACGUUGGAGGCCCUCUCCGAGUUCGCCAGCUCCCCGGAGGUUUACAUUGCUCAAGCCGCUGAGACCAUGGAUGUGCCGCAACCUCCCAGUGGCUUGAAGCAUGCUUGGGCCCAGGCGGAGAAAUUGAUUCAAUCCAAGUUCGUCAGGGAUCACCCCAUCAUUGUCGCUCUAUGCUUCUCUGGCUCGAUGUUUGUGUUAAUGGCGAUAGCUGCUUAUGCGAUCUUCUUAUGCACGAGUGUGUCUGAUUCGGAUGCCGAGGCCGAAGUGAAGAGACGUAUAGAGGUUGAAAAGGAGAGAAGACGAAUUGAUGUUCCAGCGGAGGGUCGCGCUGUCGAAAAGGAGGCUAGUGAUGAUAAAGCUGAAAGCAAGAAAGAGAAGUAGAAUUGAGUUUCCCAGAAGAGUGUCCCUGACGGAUUCAUUUCC